GCACCAGACAUGUCAUCUCAUGAUUAGUAUAUCUCGUAGAAACAUUCUACGCGUCGUCCUCGCAAAAGAUGCAUCCCUUUUCUCCCCUGGGAAGGUUGGAUACCUAACAAGAUCAUACUCGAGUCUCAACACGGACUUACAACCAGAAGAACAGCGCAAGCCGAAAAGGCGAUCCCGUUCGUCAAAGACUGUCAAGAAGUAUACUUCUCUACCAGAAAGACUAGUCUCUGCAAACGGCUCAGCAGCAAGUCCUCUUCCGCCUUGGGAUGGUGGGUUACAGAGCCAUUUACCCGAUGUCCUGCAAGAUGCGUCGGCUAGUAAUGCUGAAGAUAAUUCGCCGCAUCUUCUGUACGCAGAAGAAAAUGUAGAGCACGAGAAAAGCUCGACCACGCGUAAAAAGCGAACCCGCAAGAAGCGUUCCUCAGCAGAGUCAGAUGUAAGUGCGACAGUCAGCUCACAGGAGAAAAGUGAUACAUCCUUCAUUAAUACGCUGGCUAAUCGUCGCCCACCACGAAACCCGCUUGCGAAAGAAAUACUAGAGAACCUUGCCAAGUUUCCUCACUGUAUCCUACUAACACGUGUUGGUAAUUUCUACGAGUCCUAUUUUGAUCAAGCACAAGAAGUUUCGCGACUACUUUCAAUAAAGCUAACGAAACGAACUUGGGAUGAUCAACGCAUCUGGAUGUGCGGGUUCCCGCUAAUGCACCUUGACAAAUACUUGAAAGUACUGGUUCAGCAGCAUAACCGUUCCGUCGCCAUGUGCGAGGAAUUUCGCAGACCACGAGAUGCUGACGAAGAUCUCACUUCAAAGCCAACCUUCGAAAGACGUGUAGUCCGAAUUUUGACACCAGGAACGUUGAUUGAUGAACCUUUCCUCAAUCCGUACGAGAAUAAUUUCCUUCUCUCCGUCGCGGAGGACGAUGCAGACCCUGGCUUAGUCGGAAUGGCUUGGAUCGACGUGUCAACGGGAGAGUUCUUUACGAGGACCACGCCCUUGGGAUCCCUCAGAGAUCAUGUGGCACGUAUUUCACCCCGCGAGGUCGUUCUUGACGAAUGCUUUCAGUCUCUUCAGGAGCAUCCCAUUCGAGAUGCUCUGUUGGAAUCGUCCUGCCCUAUAUCUUUUGCAGGAAGGACGACUGGGGAUCUAAAGGCGAACAUCUCCGGCGCAGAUGAACUCAUUGAUGAUAUCGUCGACUCGACGGCUGACGCCUCAACUGUCUUUUCACCUGCCGAGACUUCGGCCAUUGGUGUCCUUAAUACUUUCCUCCAAUCGAACUUGCUUGAGCAUGCUCCGCAGACUCUGCGUCCACUCCGUGAAGAGAAAUCCAAACGCAUGCAAAUAGAUGCACAUACACUGAAAGCUCUUGAAAUCCGUGAAAGCAUUCGCGAAGGUGGAACCAGCGGAAGUUUAAUGAGCUCAAUCAAGCGAACAGUUACGAGCAGUGGGACAAGGUUACUAGCACGAUGGCUAUGUUCUCCCAGCACGUCAGUAGACGAAAUACUGGCCCGUCAAUCAUUAGUGAAUUUGUUCCGUACACGACCAGCCCUCCGAGCGGACCUAAUCGAACUUUUGAAAGGCGCAGAAGACGCAAUGCGGAUCUCACAGAAGUUCCUUCUAGGAAAGGGCAGUGUUGACGACCUAGUCUCCAUCCGUAGCACAAUUGCCAUAUGGACAGCUCUCCGGAAUAGAAUUUCUCUCGAGAAGGACUUCGAAAGAAGAGAAAGUGGUGAAAAGUUUAUGGCAGAAGAUUGGCAAGCUCUGGAUCAACUCAUGAACAAGAUGGCAAACCUUUCUGGUCUUGCACAGCGCAUCGAGUUAGCGAUAGACGUGAAAAGUGAUCAGCAGAAUGAAACCAUCACGGAAGAGAGUGAGAGUAAUGUACCGCUUGAGCAAGAUCAGGCUGCCGCCCCAGAGGUUUCCAAGUUUCUUUCGUUGCCUGGUGUUGAUGCUAAAUGGACGAUCAAACCUCAAUUUUCAGUCGAACUGGAGUUACUUCAUGAACGAUUUAGGCAGCUGCAAAACGAAAAGGAAACGUUGGAACUGAGAUAUCGAGAACAAUAUGUCGCGCCCUCACUGACCCUCCGUCACAGCCCAAGUCAUGGCUUACAUGUCCAUAUUGCAAAGCCACGCAAAGACGCUGAACGCUUGGAGAAAUCACGAUAUUUCAUGCCCCUCGCGGAAAGCAAGUCGACGAAGACUUACUUCAAUCAGGAGUGGUUUGCUCUGGGAAACGCGAUCUUGGAAACAGUAAUGAGCAUCUACAGUGCGGAGAAAGAGGCGUUCUUAACUCUCAGAAAUGAAACAAACACUGAGGCAACAGCGAUACGGAGGAAUGCUCGCAUCCUCGAAGAACUGGAUGUCACGUCUGCAUUUGCCACCCUCGCUGCGGAGAUGAAUUUCGUUCGGCCGACAAUUAGCGAUAGCUCCUCUUUCUACAUCGAAAACGGGAGGCAUCCAUCUGUCGAGCUUGGUCUCCUUCAGUCAGGAAGGAUGUUCACACCUAACACGGUCUCUAUGUCGGAUUCCUCGCGAUUACACGUUGUCACGGGACCAAAUAUGGCCGGAAAGUCCACUUACCUUCGUCAAAUUGCACUCAUCGCGAUCCUCGCGCAGACGGGUUCCUUUGUCCCCGCUGACAGCGCUCAUAUCGGUCUUGUCGACAAAGCCUUCUCGCGGAUUGGUGCAAAGGAUGAUCUCUUCCGAGAUCGAAGUACUUUCAUGGUCGAAAUGCUUGAGAGUGCUGAGAUUCUGAAGAAUGCUACUGAGAAGAGCCUGGUCAUCAUGGACGAGGUCGGUCGCGGCACAACAGUUCAAGAUGGUCUUGCUAUAGCCUUCGCCACUAUACAUCAUCUUUGUCUCGUUAACAAAAGCAGGUCUUUAUUCGCGACUCAUUUUCAUGAGCUUGUGGAUAUGCUUGGCUAUUCAGACGUUUCACAGCAAAGUACUCUAUUUCCCAAUCUCGAGUUUUACUGUACAGACAUAGAUGAGACUGAAGACGGUCAUUUCUCAUACACGCACCGCAUGAGGCGUGGCGUGAAUCGCGAUUCUCAUGGCUUGAAGGUUGCACGACUUGCUGGUAUGCCUGAACUUGCAAUCAAUGUUGCAGAAAAGGCACUAUCUUCGAUCAAACUGCAUAAUCGGCCGUCUGAAGAUCCAUCCGUGACAUCCGCUCUCCAGAACGUUGGUCGCCAACUCGCAAGUCUGCAUGCACCGAAUGAUGUUCAGCAACAAUUUAUGUAGACAUUCAUGAUUUCUGGUCAACUUUGCUUGUAUCUUACUUUCUGGAUGGAGGGACGUUCUAGAUUUCACCCGGAUCUAAUCACACUUAUCUUGACUAUCAUUCAGCGAUACGCACGUGCCCAAGGCCACUUCGCAGUUCACGAUGGCGGUCCCAUGACGCUCAUGUUUCCCAGAUAAAUUGACUUGACGACCCUUUGCCUACGUCGCUCGAGUCUCAUUCCCUGGGUAGAUUGACCCAUCGCGACGCCCACUUCCUCUGCCUGGAUCACUUGACAUUCCAGCGCAGGACUCAUGUUCAGUCACUGACAUACAUUAUUUCAAUUGGACUCUGCAAUGCCAAUUAUUUAUUGAAUGCCAGAUAGUAUACGUCUCUGCAUAUUCAUUUAUAGAUAAGUGGAGGCUAAUAGAUGACUUAGUGAAGUUGCUUCGAAUUGUUCUCCUUUGACUUUAGUACUUUUCGUUUAACUCCCACCCAGAAAUUUGGCUCAAUGAACUACAAUUCACAUUCAAUGAGCUGUAUUAGCUGGGGAGAAUAAUGUGUUCAUGUAACUUCU